UCAAUACACAAUGUCGACUCAAACAACAACGCAAAUCUCUGAAGUGGAGCAACUUCGUCUGAAGGCCAGCAACAGCCCCAUCAACGACUGGCAGGCCGAUCUCGCUAGAGAUGGUUAUGCCGUAGUCAAAGGCGCCGUCGCCCAAGAAAAGGCUGCCGAAUACGUCGAGCGCAUUGGCCUUGGUUUUGACAGAAAUGAUCGCUCCACAUGGAUCGCUCAGCACCUCCCCGAGAUUAACAACAAGGGCAUGUGUCUCGACUACGCCAUCGCACAUGAGGACUUCGUCUGGGACAUUCGAUCAGAACCUGGUGUCGUCGGAGCAUUCGAGCAAUGGUUGAAGACCGAGGACUUGAUCGUCUCUUUCGAUGCUGUCAACUUUGGCCUUACUGGUCGCAAGGACUUGGCUCCCAACACACCAUGGCCCCACCAGGACCAGGACCCCACCAAGAACGGCUUCCGCUGCUUACAGGGUCUUGUCAACAUCCUUCCCAAUGGGCCCAACGACGGAGGUCUUAUUGUGUGCAAGGGCGCCCAUCUUUACAGCGAGCAAUUCCACCAAGAAGUUGGAUUCCCCGAGAAGGAACGCAACGAGCACAUCCCUGCCUGGAACCCCGAGUGGUAUGGCUUCACCGACAAUGGAAUGAAGUGGUUCGAGGAGAAGGGUCUUGAAUGGGUCAAGGUAUCUGCAGAGCCAGGUGACCUNUUGCUCUGGGACUCUAGAGUACCGCACUACAAUCUCAGCUCUACUACAAAUCAGAACCGCUUCUGUGUGUACACAUGUUACAUGCCCGUUGCCGACGCAACUCAAGAGGAUCUGAAGCGCAAGAAGGUCGCUUUCGAGGGUUGGUUCGGCACCACCCACUGGCCAAAUUGCCAGGUCACAGGAAGAAACCAGGCCAAGAGAAAUGGCGAGCUCGACCCUUACAACAGAACAGAGCCUGUCAACAAGCCUCGAUUGAGUGAGCGCGCAUAUCGCCUCACAGGUAUCCCGUAUAUCAAGGCA